CCUUGCUGUGUCACUUUUGACCUGUGUGGAUUUAGCAUCGCCUACUAGCUCUUGCAUGUCUUGGUGUCUUUGUUCCGUGUGCUUUUCGCUUCGCUGCCGUAUCAGCUACACGCCCCAUGGAGGCCGAUGUGAUAGUCGAACCCAACCCAAUGAUCCCACAUGACUUGGACCUCUCUUGUAACGCUUUGCUUUUCUCUGGCAGCUUCCUGGUCGGCAGGCCGGCAAUGGAAAUCCUGCCGCAGACCCACAGCCACAACCGCUCUCCGCAUGUUUCUGCACCAGGGAUUCGCCGAUUCGACUAUCCGCUGCGAGACAUUGUCUAUACUUAUCCUUGCCUCUCUCGCGCGCGCGCGCUCUCUCUCUCUCUCUCUCUCUCUCUCUCUCUCUCUCUGUGUGUGUGUGUGUGUGCGUGUGUGUGUGUACCCUACUUGUGAAUGUGAGCCAAGCUGGUGAUAACCCGGUGGCUCAUGGCUUCCCUGAGCCCAAGCCCUGUCCUGUAUCCGUGGAAUUCCGUCAGCGCACAAUCCACGGACACCAAUUGCCUACACACAUAU